GAAUUUUUUGACAGGUGGCGCAACUUAUUUAUAAUGGAGGGAUGUUAUUUGAAUCUGAUACGAUGAAAUUCUGCUUUUAAAUUAAAAGUUUCUGUUUGCCAUAUUUGCACUUCUCUCACUCUUUAUGGUGAUUCGAUGGCUUUUAAACCCAUUCUUACUUCGGUGUCGUUUUGACCAGAGAUAAUUGUCAUGCCCAAAAUUCAAACAUAUCACAUUAUUUGGCUGUUACAUGCUUAAACAUAAUCAUGAGCAGUUUAAAAUUGGAUAUUUUGUGGUCUCCAAAUCAAGAAGACAGGUUUAUCACAUUUGGGACAGAUCUUAGAUUAUAUCAAGUCAUAUCUAAAGAUGGAAAUCAGAAACCUUCAGCUAUUAACAUAUCUGAAAAGACUAUGGCAGUUUUAUUAUCCGUCAAUUCGGACAACCAGUACAUGAAGUGUGUUUCUUGGUAUCCAAAACCCGAUUUGUGUAAUCUUCUGGCUGUUGGCUUAGAAAAUGGAAAAGCAGUUCUCACAAGCUUUAAUGGUGUUAAUUUGGCAGAUCAUUUAUCACGAGAAUUUGUUCCAAGACACACUAGACCUUGUAAUAGCAUAGCUUGGAAUCCAGUGGAAUGUAAUUUGUUGGCAGCCGGUUUAGAAAAAUACAGAACCGAUUAUGCCAUAAUCGUCUGGGACGUCACCAAAUCGCCGUCUUUUCAGAUCUCUGUUUCCGGCGAUGGAUUUUAUUUUCCAGAAAAAAGGCAGGCUUUCGGAAACAUGAUGCACGAUCAUGCCUUCCAGCCUAGUUCUAGAGCUGUGGUAGAAUUAGGACUAUCCGAAACAACAAAUUCUCUACAAUGGUUUGGUAAUCAACCUAAGACCUUAGUAUGUGGCAUGAAUAAUAAAUUUUUGAAAAUAUUUGAUCUCAGAGAUACAUCAAAACAUCAUAAUGUCACCACGACAAAAGCAGUGUAUGGAGUUUGCGUGGAUCCUUUUUUUGAACAUAGAUUAGCCUCUUUUGUAGAAAACCAGGUGGUUUUAUGGGAUGUAAGAAAUUUUGAAAAACCAGUUAUAACUCUUCAAGAAGUGAGGCAUAUUGCAAAAGUAGCUUGGUGUCCUACAAGGAACAGCACACUUUCAUCUCUUGCCAGAGAGAGUUCCUUUAUAAAAAUGUAUAAUAUACAACAAGUUUCUAUUGGCAGCGAUGAGAUAGAACCCACAAUUGUGGAACAUUCUGUGAAUCCUUUUGGACAGCAUUCAUUAUCAUCAUUUGCCUGGCAUCCUGGACAAGAAAACAGAAUGCUGACCAUCACGCACUCUGGUCACGUCGGCGACUGCACUGUUUUUGAUCGCAUUACACUAAAUUGGUCACCAACUUCAGAAAUAGUUUGGACUCAGGGAAGAAGACUAUUACAAUGUGUUGAUUCUAGAGAUAAAUUUUAUGAUUGUCUUAAUGACCUUUCGAUCAAAAUGAGGCAAAGAGCUAUUUUAGAUUAUGGAUUAAAGAUGGAACAGCUUUGGCAGAAUGGUGAAUUGGUUGAAGAUCCUGUGCUACGUAGGCUGUGGAGUUGGUUGGAUAUUAUGAAAAGUUUAUGGGAAGAAGGCAAAUUAAAAUCGGUUGUGAAAACGGACGUGAAGUAUGAAGGAGUCCUUACAGUCAUCGGUGGAAGUUCUCACACAACAAGUAAAACAGAGCAGAUUGCCCUCUCAUCCAGUUCUUGUUCCAGUAUAGAAAAUGUGAAUAACUUUGGCACAUCACACAGAAUAACGAAAUAUUCUAGUGAAGAAAGAGACAGAGCAUUACAACUCUGCGGAUGGGGUAGACCAUCAGAUAGAACUUCACUGGCAUUUCUUUUAGACAGGUUGCAGGCCGACAAACAUUUCGAACGAGCAUCCAUGAUAGCUGUCUUCAAUCUUGAUAUCCGCAGCGCCAUUCAGAUCUUGAAAAAGGGAGCACUUGUCCAAUCCUCUCUCGGUAAAGAGAGUAAUCUGAACAUUGUGGCCAUGGCACUUUCUGGAUAUUCCGAAGACGACAACACGCUGUGGGGAGAGACGUGCGGCAAAAUACGUUCGCAAUUAAAGAAUCCAUACCUGAGAGCCAUGUUUGCUUUUCUUACUUCCGAAAAUUCUAAUUACGACGAAGUAUUGAAAGAAAAUGAUGUUGCAGUUCAAGACAGAGUGGCAUUUGCUUGCAUUUUUCUCUCAGAUAACAAGUUAAUGGAAUUUUUAACCAAAUUAACGGAAACAAUGACAGAAAAAGGAUACUUAGAUGGCAUAUUGUUAACAGGAUUGACAGUGGAUUGCCUUCCUCUCAUUCAAAAAUAUGUGGAUCUCACCGGAGAUGUGCAGACGGCCAGUUUGGUAAUUUUGCACACUAUGCCCAGUAAUUUGAGCCAGGAUCAGAGGGCGCAGUCUUGGGUGGAAAGUUACCAGCAACUCCUCGACAGAUGGCGACUGUGGCACCAGAGGGCCGUAUUUGACAUAGAAUGGUAUAAAGCCAAUCCCUCUAGUAAGCCGCCGCCGCAUGUGUUCGUCAGCUGCAAUUUUUGCGGCAAGUCAGUCUCGAGCUACCUGCAGAUGUUGGGUCAGGGUCAUUGUUCACGUCCCCUGGCACGGUUGGCAAUCCCAGCCGCAAACAAAUCCAAGACAAGUUGUUGUCCGGGAUGCAGAAAACCGUUGCCACGCUGUGCUCUCUGCCUGACAAACAUGGGUACUCCAUCGGGUAGUUGUUGGAGGAGAACUACAGAUGGAAAAAUAGAAAUGAAGGAUAAGAAGCUAUCCAAAUUUUCGAGUUGGUUCACGUGGUGUCAGUCCUGUCGACACGGCGGACACUCUGCUCACAUUAUGGAAUGGUUUAUAGAUCACUCAGAAUGUCCAGUGACCGCCUGUAACUGCAAGUGCAUGUCUUUGGAUUCCGUGAACAGCGGAUGAGGCCGACCAGUCUCAUCCACACAGACACUGUGAUAAUUGUGCCACAGAGGGUAAUCUGGUCUGGCGAAAUCUUGAUUUGUUUUUGUUUUGCAACAGCCACAUCAUUUCCGACAAGUGGCAAAAUUAAUUCAGCUAUAUGAAUCUAUACAAUUUUGGGCUAUUUUUGAAACUAUGCUCAAGUAAAUAUGCCAAAAAUUAAUACUGUAUUUUUAAAUACUAUUUCAGUAUCUGUGGUGUUUGAAUUGAUUUCUCCAUAUGUAUCAUGUUAGCUAACAAUGCCUUAAGAUUAAUGUCACAGAUAUUGUCACACUUGAGGUUGCACAAAAAAAAUCAAGGUUUCAAAAGAUAUAAAGCUUAUUGUAUCGGAUGGUCAUAAU